AAAGACGUUUGUUCCGGAGUUGCCCAAGUGUUGCAGGAGGAGGUGCUACGUUCCAUUGAAGCUUUUCUGUUUCAGUUUUCAGUGGUCUGUGCAACAAAAACAUAAUAUCUCAGCCAUGGAGAUCAUAGAACCCAUCUUGGGCAUAGCGGAAAAGCUCUACACUCUAUGCGGUGAAGUGAAAGCCAAUAAGAAGCGCUGUCUACGUUUGGCCACCCGUAUAAAAGCCUUGGAAGAGGUGGUGAGGGCGAUAAAGGUGAAUGGACUGGGGAAAGACCCUGCCCGUCUGGAGAACGGCCUGCGUGAGCUCAAACUCACCCUAGAAUCGGCCCAGGAUGUGGUUAAGAAAUACACUAGUGCCAGCUACCUGAAGCGCAUCCUGAAGGCCUACGACCAGGGAGAUGAUUUUGAGAGUUUGAACGAGCGCCUGAACGACGCAGCCCAGGUGCUCUCGCUUGCCUUGCAAGUGGAGCAGCGGGAGAAGCUACAGCAGGUGUUCACUGAGGUGACGCGCUCAACAGAGGAUGAGGCUGACAGGGAGUUGGAUCGUCUGGAGCUUCACAAAUUACUCAAGUCACUGGCGGAGGGCACCAAAACAAGUGUGGAUUCAGUGCAUGAGAAAGUGGAGUCCACCCAAAAAGACGUGAAAGACAUCAAAGCCAUGCUGGAAACUUUAAAGAAGCCCAGCAUUUUAAUUCAAGAUAUCAGAGAGAUUAAACCAGAGGAGCUGACCUUUGAUGUGCCCAAAGAGGUCAUGUUCAAAAAUGACUUCUCAGAAUUGUACAAAGGAGAAUACAACAAAUUCACAGUAGCCAUAAAAAGAUACACCCACCCCACGAACACAUGCCUAAGUCAGGUGAGGACGAUCUUCAGGAAGGAGGUGGAAACUCUGAAGCGCUUUGAGUCACCAAAUAUCUUGCGAAUGUUUGGGAUUUGUGUCCAGGAUGAGUAUGGAUCCAAUCCAAAUUUCCUGAUUGUGAUGGAGUUUUGUGAGAAGGGCAGUCUGAGAGAAGUGCUUGACUCCCAAAGUAAGCUGCCCUGGGACAGAAAGGCUUGCAUGAGUCUGGACGCAGCUCGUGGCAUCUACAGAUUGCACCAGUCUGAGGAGAAAUUCAAGGUGCAUGGGUGCAUCAACAGCAGCAAAUUCCUGGUAGCUGCUGGAUACAGAGUAAAGCUGGGCGGUUUUGAGCUGGCCAAAACUGAGACUUCGUUGAAGAACACUAAGAACACCAAGAGGAGUUCUUUGGGCUAUUGCUCUCCUCAGCAACUUGAGAGUGUCAAUUAUCCCUACAACAAGGCCUGUGAGAUGUACAGUUUUGGUAUUGUCUUAUGGGAGAUUGCAACCCGCAAGAUUCCCUUCAAAGAUCUCUCACACAAAGAGGUGUAUCAGAUGGUGUGUGAAGAGAGACGUAACGAACCUCUUCCUGAAGACUGCCCUGAAACAUUAGGAGAACUGAUCAACGCCUGCCGCUCCUAUGACGGAUUCUCCAGGCCAACAUCAGGAGUGUUGGUGGAUAAGCUCAGUAAAGUGGUGGACCAACUGGAGGAGGACUAACAAGCAGAGGACAUUUCCAAAGAUCUCAGGAAAAUUACUGGAAAAGAAGAAAACAGCAAAGUUUAGCCCUGGGUCAAUGGAAGACUGAUUGACUGCAAUUCAUAAUGACAUUAACAACAGCUUGUUCAAGUGCUUGUGAGAAUUAUAAUAAUGUGGAGCAAGGAAUUUGCAUAUCUCUUAAUGCAGUUAUGAAUAAAUUGAAACUGUGAGUCUGUAUGAAAUGCAUUCAAUAUCAUUUUGAUUUUCAAAUCAGAAUUUCUAUUUGCACAACGCUGGGAAAAAUAAAUAAUUUUGUGAUUGUGAGCGACAGAGGUUAUUAAAACAUCGACAGUG